ACCAUCUCUUAUCCCCAGAAAAUUAACAGAGGACUCAUAUUCUUGUUCAUUAUCUUGUUCCACUCCAACCGAAGUCACAAACCCUCUUGCUCUCUGUGACACGUACGAACAUUUGACAAUCAAUGGCAAAGGAUGGAGCCGCCACCCCCUCAUGGCAGGAGCUACUGGGCUCUAACCAUUGGGCCGGCCUGCUCGACCCCCUCGACCUCUCGCUCCGCCGCCUCCUCCUCCAAUGCGGUGACCUCUGCCAGGUCACCUACGACUCCUUCAACAGCGACAAGCAUUCCAAGUACUGCGGCAGCUGCCGCUACUCCAAAUCCACCCUCCUCAACAAAGUCUUCUUCCCCUCCGCUGCCGACUUCUCCGUCGUCGACUACCUCUAUGCCACCUCCCAGAUCGGGCUCCCCGACGACUUCCUCCUCUUCCCCAUCUGCGACGGGGCCUGGAGCAAAGAUUCCAACUGGAUCGGCUACAUCGCCGUCUCCUCCGACGCCGCCGCCCUCAAGAACGGCCGACGCGAGAUCUACGUCGCGUGGCGCGGCACCAUUCGCCCUCUGGAGUGGGUCGAUGUCGCCAUGCCCCAGCUCGUUCCCAUCGACUCCAUCCUCUCCUCCACCCAGCGAUGCUGGGCCCAUGAUGACGAAGUUCCCAAGGUCAUGAAGGGCUGGUAUAUAAUCUACACCUCGAGCGACCCGCAAUCUCCCUUCAACAAACAGAGCGCGAGGGACCAGCUCCUACCUAAGAUAAAACAGCUGGUGGAGCGCUACAAGAACGAGAGCGUCAGCAUAAUUUGCGUCGGCCAUAGCUUGGGAGCGAGCCUGGCCACUCUGAGUGCUUUCGAUAUUGUGGAGAAUGGCUUAUCCAAGAUUGGAGAGAACAACCACGCUCAGGUUUGUGCUAUGGUGUUUGGAAGCCCACAAAUUGGAAACAAGGCCUUCAAGGAUAGACUGGAGCGGUUGCCGAAUCUUAGAGUGCUGCACACCAAGAACAAGAUUGAUUUGAUCCCACAGUAUCCUAGUGGGUUGUUGGGAUAUGUGUUCGCUGGAGUGGAGCUGGUCGUCGAUACUCGGAAAUCGCCGUAUUUGAAAGAUUCAACGAACACGGGCGAUUGGCAUAAUUUGCAAGGGAUUCUGCAGGCGGUGGCAGGGUGGAAUGGCGAGGAUGGAGAGUUCAAGUUCCAGGUGGAAAGGAGCAUAGCGCUGGUGAACAAGUCGUGCGACUACUUGAAGGAUGAGUACCUCAUUCCGGGGUUGUGGUGGGUGGAGAAAAAUAAAGGGAUGGUGCUGGAAGAGGAUGGGGAGUGGUAUUUGGCGCCCCCUGCCGCGGAGGACCUCCCCCUCCCGCCUUCUUCAUUCAAGGCGGAUGGUGAUGCUGUGAGUACGCCAGCGGUGACCGAUGGGAAGCAAGUUUCCAUCAAAAAGAGGAAAUCGGUGUCUGUUGAUUAGCGUUUGCUCAUGGCUUUGGUGUGUGGGGGGGGGGUGGUGUUGUGGCGGGUGCUUGAGGCAUGAUCAUGCUUUGGAAUGGAUGCUUCUGGUUCUUCUGGCGUAAUUUGUUUUUGUUAGUACCUGUUGAUGACAUGAUUUGUAUCCAUAUGCUCCCGAACCGUGGUUGCUGGUUGUGCUUUAUUUUUCCCUCCGGUUAGCGGUCUGGUCGUCCAGUUUGCUUUAUCUUUCCAUCUGAGCGAUAAUUAAUAGCUGGGGACAUGUUGCCACACA